CUCGGGUGAAAAGCUAUGGACGCUACGGUAUCUUCUAUGUUUGAUGGAGAUGCCUUCCUGUUUUAUUGCCUAGAAGCCUCGGGCUAUGUAUACAGUGAGCCCGUCAGUUCUGAAUCAAAUCUUGUCACUGUUUAUCCCACAAGAGAAAAUUUACCUCACUUUCCUAACAUUGAUUUUGCUGCAUUUCUUAUUAGUCACGGAAAACUGCAAAGUGUUAAACAUCAAAGUUAUUGUCAUGAUCAUAUUAUUGCAGAAAGUGCUGAACCUAUGACUGUUGUUUAUGGUAGUAUCAUCAGGAUUCAACAUCAGGCAUCUGGCAGAUAUUUAGCUGUUACUCCUACUAAUUCAGCAUGGCUUGAUAAAGGAAAUUCUGAAGCAACUUUAUUUAGGCUUGUUCCUUCUCAUCAAGAAAAGGGAUGGGGUGAUGAUGUGAGUUAAA